AUGUGGUUCUAUUUGAAACCACCUACAAUUUUCUCAUUUUGUGACAAAAGGGCAGUGGCUACAUUUGGGGACACCUUUCAGCAGCCUAGUUGGUGCUGCCCUCUUGCGGUUGUCACUGGAACCGCUUCAAAAUCUGUAGCUUUUAUGCAUGUAUUAAAUGCUGAAUACUGUGCUGUUUACAUUAAUUCUAUAUGUACUGCAAUAAUAACCAAAAUAAAGCAUUUAUUUCCGAGAAUGUUUGGUGAGAGUGAGGACCAUUUUUACAAUGACAGUGAUGAUAGUUCAAGCACUAAUGGCGAUUUGCCACUGUCUUCCAUUGCGAAUUUUUCGUGGAGGAAGGACAUCAGUGCAAUGAACAUUGCCAUAAAUUUUUCAGAGGAAGCUGGUGUACGAAGAAAACUUAAAAAUGACAGUGAAGAACACUUAGUUUUCCAGUCUAGCCUGUACACAACACAGAAAGGUGGCAAUUUCAGGCCUCUUUCUAAAGUAGAACUACAAGUAUUUUUGGCUAUAAACAUUCUAAUGGGAAUCAAGAAACCUUGUUCUUAUCGUGACUGCUGGUCAUCCCAUAAGGAACUUCGAGAUGAGUACAUUUCCUCACUAAUGUUGGUAAAAAGGUUCAGCUGGAUCUUGACACAUUUUCACAUCAAUAACAACGCUGUUUUGCCUUCAAAGGGGAGCAGAAAUUAUGACAAAUUAUAUAAACUCCAUCCACUAAUCAAUCAGAUGCUGAUAAACUUCAAAGAAUUCUAUGCACCUACUACGGAGCAAGCUAUAGACGAAUGCAUGGUUAUGUUCAAAGGAGGAAUCGCAUUCAAACAAUAUAUGCCCCAAAAGUCAAUCAAGAGGGGAUACAAAAUCUGGAUCACAGCUGAUAAGCUUGGAUAUAUUUGUGGUUUUCAGAUACAUACUGGAAAAGUUGGAGGCAUAUUAAAGAAAAACUUAGGAGAGAGAAUUGUGAAAGAUAUGUGUGAAGGCUUGGAAGGAAAGGGAUGCCACAUAUACUUUGAUAAUUUUUUUACCAGUGUCUCACUUUUACAGAACCUAAAACAUGACGGACUUUUCGCCUGUGGAACAAAUAGAUCACACAGAAAAGGACUUCCUACGCUAAAAACAGACAAAUAG